AUGGACCAGACCCCCAUGGAACCUGAAGCACCAUCCUUUCCGCGAUUCAGUGAUUUACCAGCCGAACUCCGCAUCGCCAUCUGGAGAUUUGCCCUGCCCGCACCGCGCAACAUUAUUGUGCUCGUCUACGCCUUUCCCGGCCUCAAGCUGGCGCCGCUGAACCGGACCGCGGUGGGCGUGCCGGCGCUGCCCCAGACGAGCUCCGAGGCCCGGCGCGUGUUUCGCGAGUCUGGCUACGUGCUCGCCUUUCGCGACGAGGACAACUCGGCGGACCCCGGCGUCUGGUUCCACCCUGGCCGGGACACCUUGGAGCGGACGCUUUGGGGUCCCGGCGAAAACUGGGGGUUGAGGUGA